UGGGGGAGGGAAGGGCGGCGGGAGGCGGGGCCGAGUGGGAGCUGGAGCUGGAGCUGGAGUGUGAGCCGGCCGUUGCAGCGGAGGCGGUGAUGUCUGUGCAGGUUGUGUCAGCCGCUGCUGCCGCCAAGGUGCCUGAGGUGGAUCUGAAAGACCUGAGCCCCUCCGAGGCGGAGCCCCAGUUGGGACUGACCACGGCGUCCGUGGGCGCCAUGGUUCCUCCGGCGGGCGGCGGGGACCCCGAGGCUCCAGCUCCCGCCGCCGAGCGGCCCCCGGCCCCUGGCCCGGGUUCCGGGCCGGCCGCGGCUCUCAGCCCUGCGGCGGGGAAGGUGCCACAGGCGUCGGCCAUGAAGCGGAGCGACCCGCAUCACCAGCACCAGCGGCACCGGGACGGCGGCGAGGCCCUGGUCAGCCCCGACGGCACAGUCACGGAGGCACCGCGCACGGUCAAGAAGCAGAUCCAAUUUGCUGACCAGAAGCAGGAAUUCAACAAACGUCCCACCAAAAUUGGACGUCGCUCUCUGUCUCGUUCCAUCUCUCAAUCAUCUACUGACAGCUAUAGCUCUGCGGCUUCGUAUACAGAUAGCUCUGAUGAUGAGACAUCUCCCAGGGACAAGCAGCAAAAGAACUCUAAGGGAAGCAGUGACUUCUGUGUCAAGAACAUCAAACAGGCGGAGUUUGGACGCAGAGAAAUUGAAAUUGCUGAACAAGAGAUGCCUGCACUGAUGGCCUUGAGGAAGAGAGCCCAAGGAGAAAAGCCCUUGGCUGGAGCCAAAAUUGUGGGUUGCACACACAUCACUGCACAAACUGCUGUGCUUAUGGAAACUCUGGGUGCUCUGGGGGCACAAUGCCGAUGGGCUGCCUGCAACAUCUAUUCCACUCUCAAUGAAGUAGCCGCUGCUCUAGCAGAAAGUGGAUUUCCUGUCUUUGCCUGGAAAGGAGAGUCAGAAGAUGACUUUUGGUGGUGCAUUGACAGAUGUGUGAAUGUGGAAGGCUGGCAGCCAAACAUGAUACUGGAUGAUGGAGGAGAUCUUACUCACUGGAUUUAUAAAAAGUAUCCCAACAUGUUCAAGAAAAUCAAGGGCAUAGUUGAGGAGAGUGUUACUGGAGUCCAUAGGCUGUACCAACUGUCCAAAGCUGGGAAACUGUGUGUUCCAGCCAUGAAUGUCAAUGACUCAGUCACUAAACAGAAAUUUGAUAACCUCUACUGUUGCCGUGAAUCAAUUCUUGAUGGACUUAAAAGGACGACAGACAUGAUGUUUGGUGGAAAGCAGGUGGUGGUCUGUGGCUAUGGAGAGGUGGGGAAGGGGUGCUGUGCUGCUCUGAAGGCCAUGGGCUCCAUUGUGUAUGUAACUGAGAUUGACCCUAUCUGUGCCCUGCAAGCCUGUAUGGAUGGAUUUCGACUAGUGAAAUUAAAUGAAGUCAUCCGACAAGUGGACAUUGUUAUUACCUGUACAGGUAACAAGAAUGUGGUAACCAGAGAACACUUGGACCGUAUGAAGAAUAGCUGCAUCGUUUGUAACAUGGGACAUUCCAACACGGAGAUUGAUGUGGCAAGUCUGCGGACACCAGAAUUGACCUGGGAGCGAGUGAGAUCCCAAGUUGACCAUGUGAUAUGGCCUGAUGGCAAGAGGAUAGUUCUGCUGGCAGAGGGUCGUCUGCUGAACCUAAGCUGCUCCACAGUGCCUACAUUUGUGCUCUCUAUCACAGCUACUACUCAGGCUCUUGCCUUGAUAGAGCUUUACAAUGCUCCUGAGGGUCGCUAUAAACAAGAUGUCUACCUGUUGCCCAAGAAAAUGGAUGAGUAUGUGGCGAGCCUACACCUGCCCACCUUUGAUGCCCACCUGACAGAGCUGACAGAUGAACAGGCCAAGUAUCUGGGACUCAACAAGAAUGGGCCUUUCAAGCCUAAUUACUACAGGUAUUAAAUUCCUGUAACUCAAGCCAGAAGACAUUUUAAGGAAUAGAACCAAGCCCUUUCUCUACUGCUAUCCAAGGAAGAACCCAGCAAGCUGCUUCUCCAAUCAGAGCUGCCCGCCGUGCUCACCCUAUGUGUUAGGUUAUUUAUUUAUUAAAAUCUAGAAUCCUAUGCUUGUAGCCUUGGCCCAGAGCGUGGUUACUACUCCGGGGGCCAUGAGAGCCACAGAGGACAGACUGAGGAAGGCAAGAAAUGGGGUAACCGUUUCUAGUGCAUCAUUCACAUCAUUGCCCGUUGACAGAAUCCUCAGCAAUAGCCAUUUUUCUUUCCAGGCUCAGGAGUUAGUUCAGGGAUGCCAGGCUCCUUGUUCCUUAGGGUUUUCUGGAAUAAAUUUUCAGCAGCUGCCUUUCUCUAAGCUUUGGUCCUUUCCCAGGUGAGGCCUUUUGGAAGCCACUGAAUUAACAUGUCCUGGAUUCCCUGCCUUGAUAGUUGCUGCCACUGCCUU